AUGGCGACCCUGCAAGGAUAUGUUGACCAUCGCGUUCUCCUCAUCCUGCAGGAUGGACGCGCCAUAGUGGGCGUCAUGGCUGGCUACGACCAAAAAUCGAACGUCGUCCUGUCCAACUCAAAAGAGCGCGUAUAUAGCAUGGAUGCCGGCGUGGAGGAGAUUGAGCUGGGGUUGUAUCUCGUCAAGGGCGACCAAAUAGUACUCAUCGGCGAACUGGACGAAGCACUCGAACAGUCAGUCGAUCUAUCCACGAUCCGGGCUGAGCCUAUCCUUCCCAUCCGAUACUGA